CUCUCCCCUUUCUUUGGCGGCUUCUUCUCGCUCACCUCCUGCCCCCUCCUCCCCACCCCCCUCCCGGCUUGGCUUGCCCGAAGCACAGGAGAUGGAAGUUUUUCCCCUCGCUUUGCUGGUGUCCCUGUGUUGGACUCGAACCUGGGAAGUGGCGCGAGCGGAUUCGAUCAUUCAUAUCGGAGCAAUAUUUGAUGAAUCUGCAAAAAAAGAUGAAGAGGUGUUUCGUAUGGCAGUUGCUGACCUUAACCAGAAUGAUGAAAUUUUGCAGACAGAGAAAAUCACAAUUUCUAUGACUUUUGUGGAUGGCAACAACCCAUUUCAGGCAGUUCAAGAAGCCUGUGACCUAAUGAAUCAUGGAAUUCUGGCACUUGUCAGUUCCAUUGGCUGUACAUCAGCUGGAUCCCUCCAGUCCCUGGCAGAUGCUAUGCACAUCCCUCACCUCUUCAUCCAGCGGUCAACAGCUGGAACUCCAAGAAGUGGCUGUGGGACCACCAGGAGCAAUAGGAACGAUGACUACACACUCUUCGUUCGCCCGCCUGUCUACAUCAACGAUGUCAUCUUGAGGGUGGUCACAGAAUACGCCUGGCAGAAAUUCAUUAUUUUCUAUGAUAGCGAGUAUGACAUCCGUGGAAUACAGGAGUUUUUGGACAAAGUAUCUCAGCAGGGAAUGGAUGUAGCACUGCAGAAGGUAGAGAACAACAUCAAUAAAAUGAUCACAGGUCUCUUUGCCACCAUGCGGAUAGAGGAACUGAACCGCUACCGGGAUACUUUGAGGCGAGCGAUUCUGGUAAUGAACCCAUCAACAGCCAAGUCUUUCAUUGCUGAGGUCGUGGAAGCCAAUUUGGUUGCUUUUGACUGUCACUGGAUCAUUAUAAAUGAGGAAAUAAAUGAUGCAGACGUGCAGGAGCUGGUGAGAAAGUCAAUUGGAAGGUUAACCAUUAUUCGGCAGAUGUUCCCAGUGCCACAGAAUAUAAGUCAGCGCUGUUUCCGUGGGAACCACCGAAUAUCUUCAUCACUGUGUGAUCCUAAGGACCCUUUCUCCCAAAACAUGGAGAUUACCAACCUCUACGUAUAUGAUACGGUGCUUUUGCUGGCAAAUGCUUUCCAUAAGAAGCUGGAGGACCGGAAGUGGCACAGCAUGGCCAGCCUGACCUGCAUUAGGAAGAACUCAAAGCCAUGGCAAGGAGGGAGAUCCAUGUUGGAUACAAUCAAAAAGGGUGGAGUGAAUGGUUUGACAGGUGAACUGGAAUUUUCAGAAAAUGGCGGUAAUCCCAACGUUCUGUUUGAAAUCCUGGGGACCAACUAUGGGGAAGAACUUAGCAGAGGCAUCCGCAAACUUGGCUGCUGGAAUCCUGUCACAGGUCUCAACGGCUCUUUAACAGACAGACGGCUGGAGAACAACAUGCGUGGGGUGGUCCUCCGCGUAGUUACGGUGUUGGAAGAGCCAUUUGUGAUGGUUUCAGAAAAUGUUUUGGGAAAACCGAAGAAAUACCAAGGCUUUUCGAUUGAUGUCUUAGAGUCCUUAUCCACAUACCUUGGCUUCACAUAUGAAAUAUAUGUAGCACCAGAUCACAAAUAUGGACGCCCCCAGGAGAAUGGGAGUUGGAAUGGAUUGAUAGGAGAAUUAGUGUUUAAGAGAGCUGACAUAGGCAUUUCUGCAUUAACCAUAACUCCAGACAGAGAAAAUGUAGUUGAUUUUACCACCCGUUACAUGGAUUACUCUGUGGGGGUGCUACUGCGGAAGGCUGAAAAGACAAUGGAUAUGUUUGCUUGCCUAGCACCAUUUGACCUUUCCCUCUGGGCCUGCAUAGCCGGAACAGUGCUUUUGGUAGGACUAUUGGUGUACCUCCUGAAUUGGCUUAAUCCACCACGUCUGCAAAUGGGAUCAAUGACGUCAACAACCCUCUACAACUCCAUGUGGUUUGUGUAUGGAUCCUUUGUUCAACAAGGAGGAGAGGUUCCCUAUACGACGCUGGCAACUCGAAUGAUGAUGGGUGCCUGGUGGCUCUUCGCCUUAAUUGUCAUCUCUUCCUACACGGCAAAUCUUGCAGCAUUUCUCACCAUCACUCGCAUUGAAAACUCCAUCCAGUCUUUACAGGAUCUCUCCAGACAGACCGAUAUUCCUUAUGGCACUGUUUUGGAUUCUGCAGUCUAUGAGCAUGUGCGGGUAAAAGGAAUGAAUCCUUUUGAGAAGAAUAACAUGUAUUCCAAACUAUGGCAGAUGAUUAACCGAAGUAAUGGCUCCGAGAAUAACGUGCAAGAAUCCCAAGCAGGCAUUCAUAAGGUCAAAUAUGGAAACUAUGCCUUUGUAUGGGAUGCUGCAGUUUUGGAAUAUGUUGCUCUCAAUGACCCGGAUUGCUCUUUCUAUACGAUUGGAAACACUAUUGCAGACCGAGGAUAUGGAAUCGCUCUUCAACACGGCAGUCCCUACAGAGAUGUAUUCUCACAGAGGAUUCUAGAACUUCAGCAGAAUGGACACAUGGAUCUACUGAAGCAUAAGUGGUGGCCAAAGAAUGGCCAGUGUGACCUGUACUCUUCUGUGGAUCCCAAAUAUAAAGGAGGGGCUUUGGACAUUAAGAGCUUUGCGGGUGUAUUUUGCAUACUGGCAGCAGGAAUUGUUCUCUCCUGUUUAAUUGCAAUGUUGGAAACAUGGUGGAAUAAAAGAAAAGGUUCUCGGGUUCCUUCAAAAGAGGAUGACAAAGAAAUCGAUCUGGAACAUCUCCACAGACGUGUGAACAGCCUCUGCACAGAUGACGAGAGCCCCCAUAAACAGUUUUCCACCUCGUCCAUUGAUUUGACUCCCCUGGACAUUGACACUUUACCAACUCGCCAAGCACUGGAGCAAAUCAGUGACUUCAGGAACACUCAUAUCACUACUACAACCUUCAUACCAGAACAGAUCCAGACUCUUAGUCGUACACUUUCAGCUAAAGCUGCUUCUGGAUUCUCUUUUGGCAGUGUUCCUGAGCACCGAACUGGCCCUUUUAGGCACAGGGCACCAAACGGGGGCUUUUUCAGAAGUCCUAUCAAAACAAUGUCCUCAAUCCCAUAUCAACCAACUCCAACCUUAGGGCUCAACAUCGGUAAUGACCCAGACCGAGGCACCUCCAUAUAAAGUUCCAAACAGCGUUUUGUCACUGUUUCUUUUUAGGACUCCCUUUGCAAGGAGCAGCUGUGAUAUUGUGGGACUAACAUGGAUGUAACUUUUUAAAAAGAAAUCAGGAGUAUUAGUAACAACUCACUAUCCUUCCUCUCCCCCUCCUCUUUCUCACUUUCUCUCUGAUACUACUUGAGGCCGUGAUUUUCAACCCAGCUCCUUUUGAGGAGUUUCACUGACUGAACUGCUGUGACUCCAGAAUAAGAGUUCUCUAGAAUAUACUAUGGCCCUAAUGUUGAAACCAACUCAUUACGGUCAAGGGAAUUGCUCUGAAAGUGAUAUAGGGAAUGCAACCUGAGCCACAAUUUUUUAAGAAUUCCAAUUCCAUUAAUAUUCUGUUAAUACACAUUUCAUAUACUUGAAGUAUAGGAAAUGGGCAUUGAGUCUUCAUCAAAGAUAGAGGGUUAUUUAUCCUUUUAAGCCUGAUUAAUUGCAAUAACGUCAGUCUUUUCUCUUUGUUCUGCUGCAUUCAUUCAGUGCUUCACUGCUGUUGUGCGUCCUUUUAACUGUGGACCAAAGGCAAACCCUUGCAGUUUUAACAAAACAAAAGAAAAGAAAGGAGAAAGAGAAGGGAGAAACCAUUCAGGCCACCUUAUGAGAAUGCAAUUUUUGUAGGAUUUCAAGAAGCCAUUGCUAUGCCAGUAAAGACUACAGUUAGACCUACUUCUGCACUGCAACAGUGCAUAUGACCUUUAUGUGAUUGUACAGUGUUUAAAAGGGUUUUUUUCUUAUGUACAGUAAACUGUAUCAUAUGGCAGAAGCCUCUGUUCUGUUAAAUAAAUUAGUAUCUCAUACAUAUGUAUAUAUACAUAUACAUACCUUGGUAUAUGUAUAUAUAUACACAUGUAUAUAUCUAUAAAAUGGCAGCUGAUGCUACUGCAAUUUGUCUAAUAAAGCUUUAGUAAAAACGUGUUGUAUACUGGAAAGAUGUAUGGGGCAGGGGGGUCUUUUCUCAAAGAAAAGGCAGGGUGCUUUAAUGUUAUUCUGAUUUGCAUUGUUUGAUAGAGCAUAUUUUAUACUUUUUUAUUAGAACAUCCAGGGCAAUGUAAUGUUUGUACCUAGAUGUAACUCAUUGAUUUAAGUUUUUGCAUUGGCUUUUUGGCAGUGUAUAAGGGUUAACGUUGAUCAUUUUAUUUUUGAACUGCUUUGGCAAAAUGGGUAACACUUUUAGGUAGAAACCUCAUCCAGGGACAGCUGAUUUUUGCUUUCAAGGUCUUGAAAAACAGAUCAUGGAAGGGUUAAUAAAUCUUUGUUUUCAAAAUCAAUACUAUUAAUUAUUGCAAGCGUGGGGGAGGGGGAGCUGUUGCAAAAUAUCGGUGUGGCCUUAAUUGCAAUCCUAUCUUACUCCAAGAAUAGAAAAGAAAAAAGUAAAAGAAUGGGCUAUUGUUUAAAUCUUUAUUACAUAUUCAAUUAUAAAUGUAUUUUUGAUGUGAGUGCCAAUUGUAUAGAAUGAUAAACAGUCUACUGAUGACAACGAAAACAGUGCCUCCUUUGGCACUCUGGCAUUUUUGAAGCUAACAAUCUUACCUGUUUAGAACGUAAAAUGAGCUUUCAGUUGUAAUCCUUAAAAACUAAAAUGCAAUUAAGUAGAAAGCAAGCCAACUUAUCUUGUGUUUUUAUUUUUUAUUUUUAUUUUAAAAUACUUAUUUUAACCUAACUCAAUUCUGUGGCUAGGACUUGACUGUAGGAACCAAUUAGGUGAUCUGCUUUAGGAGAAAAAUUUCAAGGUAUAUUCUUCAGAUCUCUUCUGUUUUUGAUGCUUAAUUCUGUUCUGGGAGAGCAUCUUGUACUGUCACUGUUUUUUGUAUGAAAUCUUCAUAAUAUUGUCUACUGUGUAAGGCAGAACAAUUUUCUUAUCAUGCAACAAGGCCAUUUUGUUUCCAGGGUACAAGUGUUUAAAAGCAUGCACAACUUGUUUCCCCCUUGUAACAUUCAUGAGCUCCUACACAACUGAUUUUUAAAAAUAAAAAAGGACAAAAGGAAAUUUCUUUACAGCAAGCUAUAGGGAUAUACCAGAUGUUGCGGUGACUUUAGUGAUAAACCAAUUAUUUCAAUGUGUUGCCUAUUAUACUGAUAUACAAAACACAUUUUGGAGGCCUCAGUUACAAGUGGCAGAGCUUUCUGUGUAUAAUUUGUCUAAAUAAUUUGUCUAAUAAAAUUGUUUUCUAAA